GCCCGCAGAGGGCGCUGCGGGCCCGGCGGUACCGGCGCGGUCCCGGAGCGGUCCCGGUACCGGGGGGACCCCGCUUCGAACCCCUCCGUCAUCCCCCGGGACCCGCAGCUCGGGCAGCCCCGGCGGGGGCAGGGGGGGCUCGGGGCUGCGGAUGCUCCGGUACCGCCGGUGCGAGCGGGGCGGGCGCCAGCCCGGCUCUGGGCAUCUGCAACCGGCAGCGGGACCGCGGCGGGGCUGCCGGUACCGGCUCUUCACCGCCGGUACCGCAACCGGCGCCGCUCCGGCGCUGCUAUCCCGGCACCGGCAUCGCUCCUUGGAUCCCGGCACCAGGACCGACCGGCCUCACUGACACCGGCACCGGCACCGGCACUGGCGCGGGCACCGGCUCUUCUUCCCCGGUGCCCCCGGUACCGGGACUGACCCCCCGUUAUCCUCCCCCGGCGCUGGGACCGCUCCGAUUCCCCGGCACUGCUCGUCCUUCCCUCCACCGGGACCGACCGACCCCUCCCGGCUCCCCGGCCCCCCCGCCUGCCGCAGCUUUUAAAACCCACGAGUACGGGAGCGGUGGGAACGGAGAGCUGGGCACAGUGGAGUGGGGCACAAGGAGCACCAAGGCCAGCACUGGGGAGACACUGUCACCCUGACCUGGCAGGGACCCGCCGAGCACCAGCCCAGGGGCGUUCUGUGCCGUCGGCGAUGCGAGCGAUGGCAGACCAGGCUGCGGUGGCAGCAGACGCCUCUCCAGCCCUGGCACCGAGCCCGGGCUCGCCUCGGCGUGGCGACAUCGAGGGACCAACGCCGCACGCCGGCGGCACCGGGGAGGACGGAGGCGGCCGGGAUGGUUGCGGGCUCCUUCCCACGGCCGAGGGGGACACGAAGCGUCCCCCCUCGCCCCAGCCCGGGGGGAUGCUCCUGGCCGACCUCCCGCGGGCUCCCCAUCCCCGGCUGAGCCCGGCCAAGUCGCGCACGGCUCCGUCGUCGCCCAGCGUGUCGCCGUCGGAGAGCCGAGCCGCGCUGCUCCGGCUGCGCGACGCCAGGCUGGAGGACACGAGGAGGCGGCUGUCGGAGGCCGUGCAGGAGCCCCUGAGCCGCCUGAGCCGCCUGAUGGCCGAGGACAGCAGCCCCACGGGCCGGGCCAGGGAGCCGGGGGGCAGCCCCGGGGGCAGCCGCGGGGCCGGGAGCCGCCGGGGGCUGCGGGACUGGACACCCUGGGAGCCCACGCUGAACUGCCGCUACGAGAUCUGCUCCUACGGGGACGUGAUCCAGGUGGUGGAGGUGGCGCAGAGAGACACGGAGCCCCCGCUGGCAGCGGCCGAGGAGCCGGCGGCGGCGCGGUCCGGGGGCUCCGUGCCGGGCAGAGCGCUCGCCUCCAUCGCCCUCCUCGCCUACGGCUACCUGGUGCUGCCGCUGCCGCCCUACGCCGCCGGGCUCUGCGUGGGGCUGCUCUGCGGGAUGCUGCUGGGCUUCCUCGCCAUCCUCCUCCUCGUGCCCAAGGCUCCGCCGGCCGCUCGGGGACCGUGGGGCCGCCUGCGCCCCAAGCUGCUGCCGGGGGAGCCGAGGGAAGCCCCCCACCUCCAGGGCUGGAUGAACCAGCUGCACGUGUACGACCCCGAGCUUUUCCACCCGUCGCUGACGCACUCGGUGCUCGCCGUGCUGGACGGGGCCACCCUCAAGCUGUCCUACCCCAAGAGCAACAUCCCGCGCCGAGCCACCUUCGAGGAGGACAUCCUGGACGCCGUCUUCGUCAGCCACCGCUGCUACGACCUGACGGACGCCAAGGUCUUCCUGUGCCCCCCCAGCCUGGCCCGAAAGCGGACGUGGAACAAGAAAUAUCCCAUCUGCGUGCUCCUCGCCCAGCCGGCGGAGGGAGAGGGCAGCGAGGAGCGGGACGCGGAGCCGCAGGGGGAGGAGGGGACCAGGAAGGUGGCGGUGGCCGGGCAGGGCGUCCCGGGGGACGGCAGGGACAGGUGCCUGUACCUGUUUGGGCGGACGGGGCGGGAGAAGGAGGAGUGGUACCAGCACCUCGUGCAAGCCUCCCGUGGGACAGCCAGCAGCCACGGUGACACCAGGGCAGGCACGGGAUGGGCUCCGCAGAGCAGCGGCAGCAGCAGCGGGGGCAGCACCGAGGACAUCCCAGCCACGGAUCCCUCCAGGGACACGUCGGGAAGCACUGAGGAGAUUUACCUGGACUAUAACACCUACAUGGCCCGGUUUGUGCCAGCACAGGGGGCAGGCAGCCCGGAGAGGAGCCCCUCUCAUGGAGCUCUGGGCAGCCCCACGCCCACAAAGGUGAGUGGGACAAACCCAGCCCUGGGAGCGGGGCUGGAGGCUGAUGGAGCCGCUUCCAGUGUGUGGUUUGAGCAGCCGAGCCCUGGGGCAGAGCACAGGACAGCAGGUCCCACUGCUCACGGGGCCACCUCGCUGCAGGGGCUGGCAGCUGCUGUCCCCUCCCACGAGGACACGGCGAGCAUGGCCUGGAUGAACGCGCUGGUGGGACGCAUCUUCUGGGACUUCCUGAGGGAGCAAUACUGGGCAGAGCAGGUGUCCAACAAGAUCCAGAAGAAGCUGAGCAAGAUCAAGCUCCCGUAUUUCAUGAACGAGCUGACGCUGACAGAGCUGGACAUGGGCACAUCCAUCCCCUCAGUGCUCAGUGCCUCCAACCCCACCAUCAACGAGCGAGGGCUCUGGGUGGACAUGGAGGUCACCUACAGCGGCUCCUUGCAGAUGACACUGGAGACGAAGAUGAACCUCAGCAAGCUGGGGAAGGAGAGCUCUGCAGAGGAGAGCGGCCCUACAGAGGCAGGCAGAGAGGGGGCCAGGCCACGGCUGAUCCUGCUGGCAGACAGCGACGCGGAGUCGUCCAGCGCCGGCUCCUCCGACGAGGAAGACGGCACCGGUGCAGAGCCCCUGGGAGCCCCGGGGGAGCGGCUCCCCCCGCCUGGCACCGAGGGGCACGUCAGCGGGAACAGCACGAGCAGGAAGAUCCUGCGCUUCGUGGAUAAGAUCGCCAAGUCCAAGUACUUCCAGAAGGCCACGGAGAACGAGUUCAUCAAGAAGAAGAUGGAGGAGGUGUCCAACACGCCGCUGCUGCUGACGGUGGAGGUGCAGGAGCUGGCAGGAACCCUGGCCGUGAACAUCCCCCCGCCGCCCACCGACCGUGUCUGGUACAGCUUCCGAGUGCCCCCGCAGCUGGAGCUGAAGGUGCGCCCCAAGCUGGGCGAGCGGGAGGUGACAUUCCUGCAUGUCACCGAGUGGAUCGAGAAGAAGCUGAAGCACGAGUUUCAGAAAAUUUUGGUGAUGCCAAACAUGGACGAUCUCAUCAUUCCCAUCAUGCGCUCUGGCCUGGAUCCUUGGCCCCCCUCCACAGGACUGCCCCGGGACCCGCCAGCUGAGGGGGACAGGAGGCUCUGAAGCACAACUCCAGGGGCAGGGACACUGCCCAGGGCUCAGGGACCUCGCUGGGACACGGGACAGCCGGGCCUGGCCACUGCCUGCACCCAGGGCUGUGCCUGGAUUCAUCCUCAUGCUCUGCUUCUGCAGAUGAGCCUCCUGAAAUCCUGCAAGCACACCUCCGGGGCACAGCCAGGCUGCUGGAGACCCAGGAAUCCCACGGCCACGCUCCAGGACUCCUGGUCAAGCAGGCAGCUCUGCACAGUGGAGGGCUGGGCUUCCCACUGUCUGGUUCCAAAGAGGGUGCAGGACACCUGGAUCAUGGCACCGAAGGAGUUGGGAUCACCGCUGAUCCAAAAUUCCCAGCUCCGGGCCAUCCCCCCUCCCCACAGGCAGCUGGGCUGCAAGGCAAGCACGGGUGGGGAGGGUCCCAGGUGAAUAAAUCCAUCGCUGCCCAGCCCUGCCUAGCAGCCCUCUUGUUGUGCACAAAUUCCCACCUCUGCCAGGGUUCCAGCCAGGAUCAGGGGGCUUUGAGUAGGGAGAAGGGUUGCACCUUCAGCUUGGCAAAGGCAGAGCUGGAGGUGUGUGGGAGGGGCACUGAGGGGACAGGCAGGGAGCCUGGGCAGAGCCAGGUCUUGGGCAGGCCCAGUAUUCCCAGUGGAAACCGGGGCAGAAGUGCUGGAACGUGCUCUGCUCUCUGCUGGGUGAGAGGGAGGGGAGACUCCGUGGUGAUUUGGGUGAGAGGGAAAAGUUCACUGAGGAAAGGAAAGGGAGGAUCCAGAGGGCACAGCAGGCACUUGGCUGUCCCAGUUAGUC